CGAACUAUUGUACUGUGGCUUCAAAAUGUAUUAUAUUUUGAGCAAAGCUAUCAUAUGUGUGGAGUGAGGGUACGCUUUCUUCAGUGGUGAUGGUGGUCUGCUUUGGUUAGCUGCGGUGGGGACUGGUGAGUCCAGAACGGGAGGGGGUUUGUGAGCUUGUCGGGCAUAGGAAUGUGAUUAAAAAGAAAAAAAUAAAAAUCCUGCGCACGGAAAUGCCAAAGCUAUCACAUGCGUGGGCUUUCAAAAACUAUCUCGUAUGUAAUAUAGGUCCCCCCCAACCUAUCUAAAAAAAUACGAUAAUUAUUUUAUACUGGUCCAGUGCUGCAGUGAGGGACGCGGCGGUGACGUCAGUAAGUGGCGCAGAAAGAUGGAAGAGAAAGAGGAGGGAGGGAGCCAUCAGACUGAGACCACCGCCAGCACCACGACAAGGGGUGAUGACAGAAAGAGACCGGCUGUGUUUGGGUACUGAUCUGAAAGCAUGGGACUCAGGCUCAAUGGCAAGAGUCAACAGAGUCAUAGGGUGGUGAUAUUCUUAGCCAUCUUCAUCCUGAUGACCAUCCUCAUCCUCUACACCUCCAAUAAUGUCAGCGAAGAAGUCUACACUCCUUUCCAUGUGGCGACAAUGAAAAUCAACAAGACCACAGACCUGAAGAGGUGGUCCAGGAAAGAUGGCUUUGUGCCAAUAUCUGGGAACAAAAGUUUAGCUCUGCACUGUGGGAACUGUGCACUGGUGACCAGUUCCAGCCACGUCCUGUCUAGCCAGGCAGGAGAGGAGAUCGAUCGCACGGAGUGUGUGAUUCGUAUGAACGACGCUCCCACUCUAGGGUACGAGUCUGACAUCGGGCACCGGACCACCCUCAGGGUAGUAGCUCACACCAGCGUGUUCAGAGUGGUCCGACAGCCGAACGAGUACCUGCGCCAAACCGACGGCAACUUUACGAUCGUCUACUGGGGACCGCCAAAUAAGAUCGAGAAAAAUGCUAAAGGAACGCUGUACAGAUUGAUCCAGAGAGUCAGCACGACAUACAGCAACGUUUCCUUUUUUACCAUCUCACCCAACAGGAUGCGAAAAUUUGAUAACCUGUUUCACUCAGAGACAGGACGAGACAGACAAAAAUCCCACUCAUGGUUGAGUACAGGCUGGUUCACAAUGGUCAUAGCAAUUGAGAUAUGUGAUAACAUUAAAGUAUAUGGGAUGGUUCCACCCAGUUACUGCGGUGUAUUAUUUUCUAGAAAAAAACCUGCAUCAAAGAAGAUGCCCUACCACUAUUACAAACCCAGGGGCUCCGAUGAAUGUCUCAUGUACAUCCAGAAUGAAAGCAGCCGGAGAGGAAGCCAUCAUCGCUUUAUUACAGAGAAACAUGUGUUUGCACGCUGGGCAAAGCUGUACAAUAUCACAUUCUCUCACCCCACAUGGUGAGAAAGGGCACUCACUAAAGCCUGGGAAAGCACCAUGGGAUGGAGUUCGUAUAAAAUUUGCCAAAUAAGACCUCAUUUAAAAAAAAAGUGAUCAUCCUCAAUCUGCCAGAAGUAUGGAGCAUCAUGGGAUAAACGUGCUGUUGGACCAAAUGAUGGGAACGAUGUGGGGAUGUUUCCUACUGCAGAGAAGUGCAGUUACUCAUUUCUAAGGCCUCUGAAGCACUGUAUACAUGUGAGCCAAAACACAGGCACUGAAACAAGGGAUUUUUUUGUAAAUAUAAUUCAAAUGUUAUUUUUUAUUAUGUAUGAGUAAAGUCACUUUCCAUAUUUAAAGAGAA